AAGCUGAGCAUCCACACACCAAUUUAGGAGUUGGGGUUUGGCUUCCAGCUGCCACCUGACGGAGUCAACAUGGCAGAGAUGCUUGAGUUCAGUGACAUCUAUCAGGAGAUGAAAGGCUCCAUGAAGGAGGGUCAUCUAAGGUUGGACCAUCAGGGUAUCAUCUUCAGGCACAGCAAGACAGGUAAAGUGGACAACAUCCAGGCCUGUGAGCUGAUGGAAGGUGUCUGGCGCAGGGUAUCUCUGGGUCAUGGACUUAAACUGCUCCUAAAGCAUGGCCAUGUCUACAGAUACGAUGGCUUCCAAGAAUCGGAGUUUCAGAGACUCUCUCAUUUCUUCAAGACUCACUAUCAUCUUGAGCUCAAGGAGAAGGACCUCUGUGUAAAGGGCUGGAACUGGGGGACAGUGAAGUUUGGUGAGCAGCUUCUCUCCUUUGACAUUGGCAGCCAGUCAGUCUUCGAGAUACCCCUCAGCAACGUCUCCCAGUGUACCACAGCCAAGAAUGAAGUGACUCUGGAGUUCCACCAGAGUGAUGAUGUAGAAGUCUCCCUUGUGGAGAUGCGCUUCUAUGUUCCUCCUACCCAGGAGGAAGGUGUGGACCUGGUCCAGGCCUUUGCCCAGAAUGUGCUGUCCAAAGCAGACGUAAUCCAGGCCACUGCAGAUGCCAUCUGCAUCUUCCAGGAGCUGCAGUGCCUGACUCCCCGAGGUCGUUAUGACAUUCGCAUCUAUCCCACCUUCCUGCACCUACACGGCAAAACCUUUGACUACAAGAUCUCCUUCUCCAUGGUUCUGCACCUCUUCCUGCUGCCCCACAAGGACCAACGCCAAAUGUUCUUUGUGAUCAGCCUGGAUCCCCCUAUCAAGCAGGGCCAGACCCGUUACCACUUCCUCAUCCUUCUGUUCUCCAAGGAGGAGAACAUCACUUUGACUCUCAACAUGAAUGAGGAGGAAGUAGAGAAGCGCUUUGAGGGGCAGCUAACCAAGACCAUGGUAGGGUCACGUUAUGAGGUGUUCAGCCGGGUCAUGAAAGCCCUUGUAAACCACAAGAUCACAGUCCCUGGUAACUUCCAAGGGCACUUGGGGGCCAAGUGCAUCGCCUGUUCCUACAAAGCCAGCUCAGGGCUGCUGUAUCCGCUGGAGCAGGACUUUAUCUAUGUCCACAAGCCACCUGUCCACGUCCACUUCCAUGAGAUCGCCUGUGUCAACUUUGCCCGUGGUAUCACCACCACUCGCUUCUUUGAUUUGGAGAUUGAGACCAAGCAGGGCACUCAGUUCACCUUCAGCAGCAUCCAGAAGGAGGAGUACGGAAAGCUGUUUGAUUUCAUCAGUGCCAAAAAGCUUAACAUCAAAAACCAAGAAUUGGAAGAUGGCAAAAAUCCAAAAUACCGCAAAUACACUGACUCUGAUGAAGAACUGCAUGAUGCCUACCUGGAGAGGAUGAAGGAAGAGGGGAAGAUCCGGGAAGAGAAUCCAAAUGACAGCAGCGAUGACUUGGGAGAGGAAAUGGAUGAGUCCUUCAAGCCUGGAGAGGAAGAGGAGGAAGAAGUGGCGGAGGAGUUUGACAGCAAUGCCUCUACCACCAGCUCCUUCAGUAAUGAGGGUGACAGUGACCAGGAUGAGAAGGAGCAGAAACAGCUCCAAAGGGCCAAGACAGCCAAGGAUCACAAGGACCACAAGAAGACCCAAGAGGUAAAGAAAAACAAAGAUCCCAGUCCCCACAAGAAGCCCACGUCUGCUUACACGCUAUGGCUGAAGGCCAAUCAAGAGAAGAUCAAGGCAGAUCACCCUGGCAUCAGCACCACAGAUCUUCCUAAGAAGGCAGACAAGAUGUGGAAGAGGAUGUCCAAGAAGAAAGGGAAGUUGGGGCACGGGGGUAAGGAUGAGGUCGCCAGCUGUGAAUGUGAGAAAGCCACGAAAGAAUGUGAAGGAGGCCCAUGUAAGUCUUCUAAGAGGGACAAGGCAAAGACAAAGAAAGACAGAAUAAAGAUGGACAAGAAAUCCCCUCCACCGAGGGGCUCCUCCUCCAAGUCAUCAUCCAGGCAGCUAAGUGAGAGCCUCGAGGGCAAAGACUCUGUGCCCAGGGGAGAAAAGGAGCCGAAAGCAGUGGGGGUGGAGUAAGAAUUCUGAAGAAGAGGGUUGGCCAGGGCUCCUUGCUGUUGGAAGGACUCGGCAUCAGAAUCCAGUGAACAGAGGAAAGCACUGUACUUACCCUGUCAGGCCUCCAGCCUCUCACUAACGCUUCGGUACAGUGGUACCUCAUAUGACCCGCAGUCCUUGGAUCCUGUGCCAUCUGGUGGCACAUGUGUCCCUGGGGCAGCAGGGAGGCUUGUUGAUUCUUUGGCUUCCCACGAAUAGCUCCUCAUAAGGGAGGACACAGCUGACGCCUCUCCUCUUCACGUUCCUGCGGUGGGGUCAGGUGAGGGCAGGCCUGUGGCCACUUUAGGGCCUAUUUUCCUGUUUGUUUUUUGUGUCUGGUUUUUGAAAUAAACGUUUAAUAAAGGGAACUGACUUUGGAGU